AUGAAGUACUCCGUUUUCACCCUCCUUGCCGUUGCUGCCGCCUUCGUCGCUGCUGCUCCUGCCGAAGCCAUCGAGAAGCGUCAGGAUGCCGUCGCCAACAGCGUCCCCGUCGACGGUUCCGCCAUGACGGACGCCAACGGCAACAUCGUUCCUUUCAACAGCGCCGGUGUCUACCAGGCCAACAAGGAGGCCGGUCUUUAA